AUGAGCGUCGUACCGUCAGCAACUUCGGGGACCAUGAACAGACUGCCUGGUUCCGGAGGGACAGGCGCUAUGGGCCGCACUAUCGUGGAGACCAUUGUCCGUGACGGAAUUCACAACGUAGUGAUUCUCGCCAGAACAGCCAACCCCGAGAAAGAAGCUGAAAUUGGAGCCCGUAUCAUCUCCGUCGACUACUCGGAUAUUAACUAG